AUGAGGAACAGUGCCUUCAACUUAUGGAAGAACAAAGGCCUUAAGGAAGUUCUUGCAAAUGGGGAGGGUUUCAUUUUCUUCAUCUUCGAAAGCCCUACCUGUUGCAGUGAGGUCCUUAAAAGGGGACCAUGGUACAUUGGGGUAUUCUAUUUAAUUCUCAAGAAAUGGACUCGGAUGAUGCGGUUAACCAAAGACAAAAUCCAAAAGGUGCCUGUUUGGGUAAAAUUUUUCAAUGUCCCGAUGGAAUACUGGGAUAGUGAUGGAUUAAGUAGGAUUGCAAGUGCAGUGGGCAUCCCAUUAUUCAUGGAUCAUCUUACUGAUAAGGGGACUAGAGGUCUCCCAGUAAAGUGUGAGCGCUGUUCUGUUUUUGGUCAUGACACAACGAAAUGUGUUACUACCCAAGUAGCUAAGUUGGUCAACCUCCAGAAAGAAACUGAGAACAAUCCGGACCCUGGGUGGAGCAUUGUAAAAGCAAAAGGAAAAAGGAAAGUGGGAGACCCAGACCCUACAGAGGAAGAAAUGGGUGAACCAGAAUCAAGAGAGGAAGAUAUGGUAAAUGGAGUGGCUAGAGAUGCCUCGGAUGGGGAUGUCCAAGUUUUAGAGGAUGUGAAUAAUGUUCAGGUCUCAGCAAAGUCUAACAAAUCUGAGCUCAGGAACACUGGAACAAGUGCGGGCACUCAAAAUGCUUCAGGUGUAGUUGCUGUUAGCUCAGGAAAAACCAUGCCCCCCAACUCAGAUGGUCUAGCAGAUAUCCAGAAUGAGCUUCUAGAUAUUGCAAUGCUAGCCCUCCCUGGGAACUCAGAAAUUUUGGAGAAAGUGAAGAAUUUGUCUACUUCUGUGGAGAGCACACCAGACACUCCUGGCACUCUUCCUGCAAGAUCCACCACCAGAAAAUCCUCUGGCAAGGGUAAAGGCCAAAGGAAGAAAACCAGUUAA